UAUUAGGGUGCCCUCUUUUGCAAGUUUGCUAAUUAAAUAUAUCUCGUGUUUGUACUUCAUUUGUGUUUUUGUCAUUUACAGAGAGUAUGUGAUGCCUUUGACUCUAUAACCCAUAGCAAAAUACAUAUUACUGAUCAGCUAGUUGAAUCUGUUUCCACUUUUGGUCUAGGCCAUUUGGCCUAAGAAGUACCUAUCUCUUGUUUUUCUGCUCACAUCCGUCCUAUUUUAGAAAUAACUAAAUACCCAAACUGCCCAAUAGCUCUGUGUGCAAUUGUGGGACAGCCAGUUUUAGCCAAGUCCUAGUUCAAAUCCUAAAUGCCCAAAUGGUUCGCGGAACCUAAUUGGCCAGACACUAGUCUCUUUUAUUUCUCUUUACUUUUCUGUUUUCCGCUCAUUUUCUGCAUAUCUCCUUUGAAUGGAAGCUAUCCACGGAUGGCUUUUUCGGGCCCAAAUGAUCCAAGAGUGCGGAAAUUGACUCCAAGGAUGUUAAGGUUUUGAUGUCAAGAUCCAAAGUAUUCAGGAGUACUUUGAAACGAGGGGAGAGGACAUAAGUUUUACCAAUCAAAACAUACAUUGACCCCCAAGAAGUCAAAGUCCCAAUUUUGAUAAUUAAAUAUUGAUCUCAGUUCGCGAUCGGAUUACAAGGUAUACAAAUUGUUUUAAAUGAAAUUUUUGAGUCCAGAUGCUGCUUACCAUUGCUGUAUCAUUUGUUCGUGCUUGCACUUUACAUUGCCUUUGUAGCAUGUAUCUGUUACUACCGAGGUGCCUAGUUUGCAAUUGAGAUGCAUUUGGCUGGAUGCUCUUCUAACACAACUAUCUCAUACAUAUUCUCUUAUCAUUUACAGGGUAGGAGGAGAGGCAUUGGAGAGGGCAGACAGAGGCAGGGCAUUUUCUUUAAACAAUGUCUGAGGAGAUGCUAAUGCAUUUUUCUUCCAGCUCAAAUCAAUCAGACUCAUCAUUGCCUGUGAAACUUGCAAAACUGGAAGCUAGAAUGGCAGGCAAGGCGCCUUCUGCACCUGUGCAAGCUAACUGGCAAAAUCUACCUGCAAAGGCUGGGGCUGUUGAGGAGGUUGCAGUACCUUCAAGCUCCUCCACAGACACCGAUGAUGAUAUGGGUGGAGAAUUUUUGAUUCAAGCAAAUCCCCACAAGCGACAACGCUACAAUGACGGAGAGGAGACAUCCAUCUUUCACCAGGCCGAGGUGUUUGUCGAUGGAAAUAAGUCUUCUACUGACACUAUGGACCUUCAAACUAGCAAUCGAGAAGACACAAGCAAAAAAAGGGCUAGCCGGGGUAGAGGACGUGGUGCAGUAGCAAGAGGACGCAGCUCGAAGGUAAAUGAGGAAAGGCAAUCAUCAAUUUCUCCUUCUAGAGUGGGAUUAUUGAAUGGAAACAGUGAAAGCAUAUCACACAAGGUAGAAAGAUUUGUGCCAGAAGCAUCAAUGCAAUCAGGAAUGAGCCUAUCUGUAUCCCAGCAGGAGGUUCGACCAAAAAAUAACGAGCACAGUGACCAGAAUUGUUCACAGGGUGAGAUUGCAUCCCUGAGGACAAAGUCUGCUUUGCUGGAAGAAGAGCUGUGUAAAGUACGCCAUGAAGCUUCUGAUUACCAGAAAAUGUGCCAACAGCUAGAGAAGGAGCUGAAAGAAGUUAAAGAACAAGAACAGCAGAGACAGACAAAGCGAAUGAAGAUUUUGUCAGAUCUGUUGAUAUCGGUUGCUAAAGCAGAAAGAUUGGAAGCAAGGACAAAGGUUCGCCAGGAUUCUUUGAGGCUUGGUAAUGUUGGGGUUAUUAGAGCUGGAACAGUGAUUUCUGAGACUUGGGAGGAUGGGCAGGCACUCAAAGACAUUCAAGCUCAUUUGAGGUCCUUGCUGGAACAAAAGGAAUCUAUUGAAAGACACAGAAAAUCCCUGAAGAAGCGACAAACUGACAAGGUUGAAGGGAGUGAAAGUGAACCUGGAACGUCAGAGGAGGAGUUUUUGAUUCAGGAUGAACUAUGUAAGUCCCGUCUUCAGAGCAUCAAGCGGGAAGAGGAUGUGGCACUUAGAGAAAGGGACCGGUAUGAAUUGGAAAAGGGAAGGCAUAUACGUGAGAUAAAGCGUAUCAGAGAUGAAGAUGGUUCUCGUUUUAAUCAUUUCCCAAUUUUGAACCAACGUUAUGCACUGUUGAAUCUUCUAGGGAAGGGAGGUUUUAGUGAAGUGUACAAGGCAUAUGACUUGGUUGAGUAUAGAUAUGUAGCCUGUAAGCUUCAUGGGUUGAAUGCACAGUGGAGUGAGGAAAAGAAACAGAGUUAUAUUCGUCAUGCAAUUCGGGAAUACAACAUUCACAAAACUUUAGUUCAUCCUCACAUUGUGCGACUCUGGGAUAUAUUUGAGAUUGAUCACAAUACAUUCUGUACGGUAUUGGAGUAUUGCAGUGGGAAAGAUCUUGAUGCAAUUCUCAAGGUCACUCCUAUUCUACCAGAGAGGGAGGCACGGAGUAUAAUAGUUCAGAUUUUUUCUGGCCUUGUCUAUCUAAACAAAAGACCACAGAGGAUAAUUCAUUAUGAUUUGAAGCCUGGGAAUGUGCUCUUUGAUGAGGUCGGUGUUGCUAAAGUUACUGAUUUUGGCCUCAGUAAAAUAGUUGAAGAUGAUGUUGGUUCACAAGGAAUGGAACUUACUUCUCAGGGGGCUGGGACGUAUUGGUAUUUGCCACCUGAAUGUUUUGAGCUAAACAAGACACCACUCAUAUCAUCAAAGGUUGAUGUUUGGUCAGCUGGUAUUCUAUUGUAUCAGAUGGUUUUUGGAAGGCGACCCUUUGGCCAUGAUCAGACUCAAGAAAGAAUUCUCAGGGAAGAUACAAUUAUAAAAGCCCGUAAGGUGGAAUUUCCAGCACGUCCUGCUGCUUCAAAUGAGGCAAAGGAGCUUAUAAGGCGAUGUUUGACAUACAACCAAGUAGAGAGACCAGAUGUGCUUACCAUAGCUCAAGAUCCCUAUCUAUCUUAUGUCAAACGAAAGCCGUGAUUUGUAUCAUAGACCAAUCCUGCUCACAGAGUACAGCUUUCAAGUAAUGGUGUGGUGAGACGAUCAACUGCAUUUUGUUGACAGAUGAUUCUAGCUUAAAUUGUGUCACAAUUGUAUACAUCUUGAGGUGUUGCUGGGGCCAGGCCAUGCUUUCUUGUCAGCUAUCAGAAUACCGAUCUGUAUGGAUUGUAAAUUUGAAAUAUUUGAGGUGCAAUUUAUUUUCUGUUCUAUUUAAUUUUGUUCCAUUUUCUGAAGCCCAGAAGCUGCUUAUAAAUUUCUAACUGCUGACAUCAGAAUUUCUCCAAUACUGACAGCGACGUACUGAUAUGCAUUUGCGGUACUUCACCAUCUCAAACUUAGAAGAUUGCAUUAAAAAUUAAACAUCAAAAAAUAUAAAUGAAAGAAUUGUAAUGCUAUGUUGUGGUUUUAGGAUGUUUCGAUUUC